AUGUUUAGUCCACAAUCGCCUCGAGAUCCAAAUUUUCGCAUUCCAUUUCAGUGCAUUUGGCUUAAACUGAAUGGGUCCUGGCCCCUGACUGAUGGAUUGCGAAUCUACCAGCCGUUGGGCUUCGCCUACACUGUGUGGGCAUGGUAUGUGAUAGUGUCGGUGUGUAUUACGAUCUGUUUCCAAACCGCCUUCUUGGUGAACAACUUUGGCGACAUCAUGAUGACCACCGAGAACUGUUGUACCACAUUUAUGGGUGCUUUGAAUUUUGUACGUUUGCUUCACAUGCGCUUAAAUCAGUCCCAAUUCCGGAAUCUUAUCGAACGAUUCGUGGACACCAUUUGGAUAUCAGAUGAUGCGCACCCACAAAUAGCAGGCGAGUGCCGCAAACAUAUGAACACAUUUCGGAUAAUGACAGCCCUACUGGCUUGCCUCAUACUCAUGUAUUGUGUGCUACCGUUGGUGGAGCUGUUCCUGAUUUUGGGUCUGGAUGCAUCCGAGAAGCCGUUCCCAUAUAAAAUGCAAUUCUUCUACGAUCCGUACAAAAGCUGGCUGCACUAUGUGCUCACCUAUUUUUUUACCUCAUACGCGGGCAUUUGUGUGGUCACCACCCUCUUUGCUGAGGACUCUAUUCUCGGAUUCUUCAUCACGUACACCUGCGGCCAAUUUCGACUACUGCACGAACGCAUCGAUGGCCUCAUAGCAGCGUCCAAUUUGAGGGGAAAUCCAGAUGAGGUGCAGCGCAAAUACGUUCUGAGGCUUCAGAGCAUAGCAAGGCAGCACGAGAGACUCCUAAGCUUCUCCCGCCUCCUGGAAGAAUUCUUUAAUCCUAUAUUGUUGGUCAAUCUUAUGAUAUCGUCCUUGCUGAUUUGCAUGGUCGGCUUUCAACUUGUUACUGGAAAGAAUAUGUUCAUCGGCGACUAUGUUAAGUUCGUUGUCUAUAUAUCCUCGUCGAUAUCACAGCUCUACAUUCUCUGUGGCAAUGGCGACACUCUCAUCCAGCAUUCCACAGAAACGGCCAUGCAUCUGUACGCCUGCAAUUGGGAAAGCGGGAACAUGAAAUAUUCUCGAUCCCAUGCGCCUACCGACAAAGAGUUUCGCACCAAUCUACAGAUCAUGAUACUCCGGAGCCAGCGACCGGUGAAAAUAACCGCCUUUAAGUUCUCAACAUUGUCACUGCAAAGUUUUACGGCGAUACUUAGCACAUCAAUGAGUUACUUUACUCUGCUGCAAUCAGUUUACAUUGACAACCAACCGUAG